CAAACGCACAGGCGGUCUAGAUACUUCCGGAACCCUACCGGAACCGGAAGUUGAAGGAGUUGUAGAAGGGGUGGGGUUGAAAAAUCAAAAAAGCGCGGCGAAAGCUGGAGGCCAGGGCCGGAGCAGGGGCGGUGGUCCCUAGACGGGGCGGGCGCCUGUCCCCAUGGACUCCACCGCCUGCUUGAAGUCUUUACUCGUAACCAUCAGUCAGUACAAAGCCGUUAAGUCAGAGGCGAACGCCACUCAGCUUUUGCGGCACUUGGAGGUGAUUUCUGGACAAAAGCUGACACGACUGUUUACAUCAAAUCAGAUAUUACCAAGUAAAUGCCUGAGUUGCCUGGUAGAGCUACUUGAAGACCCAAACAUAAGUGCUUCACUGAUUUUAAGUGUUAUCAAUUUGCUGUCUCAACUAGCUGUAGACAAUGAAAUCAGAGACUGUCUUCAGAAUACAUACAACCUGAACAGUGUGGUGGCAGGAGUGAUCUGUCGCAGCAGUGCGUGCCAUGGCGAUUCAGUGCUUUUGCAGUGUAUUCAACUUCUACAGAAGUUAACAUACAAUGUCAAAAUUUUCCAUUCUGGUGCCAAUAUAAAUGAAUUAAUUACAUUCCUGAUAGAUCACAUUCAAUCUUCUGAAGAUGAGUUAACAAUGCCUUGUCUAGGAUUAUUGGCAAAUCUUUGUCGGCAAAAUCUUUCUGUUCAAACACAUAUAAAGACUUUGAAUAAUGUGAAAACCUUUUAUCGAACUCUUAUAGCCUUCCUAGCCCAUAGCAGUUUAACUGUGGUUGUGUUUGCACUUUCAAUACUGUCCAGUUUGACGUUAAAUGAAGAAGUAGGGGAAAAGCUAUUCCAUGCACGAAACAUUCAUCAGACUUUUCAACUAAUAUUUAAUAUUCUCAUAAAUGGUGAUGGUACUCUGACACGAAAAUAUUCAGUUGACUUACUGAUGGAUCUCCUUAAGAAUCCUAAAAUUGCUGAUUAUCUUACCAGGUAUGAACAUUUUUCUUCAUGUCUUAAUCAAGUAUUAAGUCUUCUUAAUGGGAAGGAUCCUGAUUCUUCUUCAAAGGUUUUAGAAUUACUUCUUGCCUUCUGUUCAGUGACUCAGCUGCGCCAUGUGAUCACGCAAAUGAUGUUUGAACAGUCUCCAUCUGGCAGCACUGCUUUGGGAAGCCGUUCUAAGUGCCUAGAGCCUACUGCCUGUCUGCUUCGGUGGUUAAACCUACCUUUGGAUGGAUCAGAACAGUGUUCUGUUUUAGCUUUGGAGUUAUUCAAGGAAAUAUUCGAGGAUGCCAUCGAUACUUCUAAUUUGUCCUUGCCUGACCGAUUUGUGACCCUUCUGCUGCCUACAAUCCUUGAUCAGCUUCAGUUUACAGAACAGAAUCUGGAUGAGACUUUAAUAAGGAAAAAAUGUCAGAGGAUGGUUAAAGCCCUUGAAGUUUUAUUAACUCUUUGUGGAGAUGAUACUCUGAAAAUGCACAUUGCGAAAAUUCUGACUACUAUUAAGUGUACCACUCUGAUAGAGCAACAGUUUACACAUGGCAAGAUUGAUCUGGGAUUUGGAACAAAGGUAGCAGAUUCUGAAUUAUGCAAACUUGCUGCUGACGUAAUUUUGAAAACUCUUGAUUUAAUGAACAAACUUAAACAGUUGGUUCCUGGUAUGGAAGUAAGUUUCUACAAAAUCCUUCAGGAUCCACGUUUAAUUACUCCUUUGGCUUUUGCUUUAACAUCAGAUAACAGAGAACAAGUACAGUCUGGAUUGGGAAUAUUAUUGGAAGCCGCUCCCCUGCCAGAUUUUCCUGCUUUAGUACUUGGAGAAAGUAUAGCAGCCAACAAUGCAUAUAGACAACAGGAAACAGAACAUAUGCCCAGGAGACUGCCUUUGCAAUCAUUAAAUCACAGCUUCCCAACAACACUGAAGUGUUUAACUCCUCCCCUGUUGAAAGAUAAUGUCCCUGGAUUGAACAUUGAGGAAUUAAUAGAAAAGCUUCAGUCUGGGAUGAUGGUAAAGGAUCAGAUUAACGAUGGGAGAUUAUCUGACAUAAUGGAUGUGUACGAGAUGAAACUAUCCACAUUAGCCUCCAAAGAAAGCAGGUUACAAGAUCUCUUGGAGGCAAAAGCUCUAGCUCUCGCACAGGCUGAUCGACUGAUUGCUCAAUAUCGCUGUCAGAGAACUCAAGCUGAGACAGAGGCACGAACACUUGCUAGUAUGUUGAGAGAAGUUGAAAGAAAAAAUGAAGAGCUUGGUGUGUUGCUAAAGUCACAACAGCUUGAGUCAGAAAGAGCUCAGAGUGACAUUGAGCAUCUCUUUCAACAUAAUAGGAAGUUAGAGUCUGUGGCAGCAGAGCACGAAAUACUGACAAAAUCCUACAUGGAACUUCUUCAGAGAAAUGAAGCAACUGAAAAGAAGAAUAAAGACCUACAGAUCACAUGUGACUCUUUGAAUAAACAAAUUGAAACAGUGAAAAAAUUGAAUGAAUCACUCAAGCAACAAAAUGAAAAAUCUAUUGCCCAAUUAAUAGAGAAAGAAGAACAGAGAAAAGAAGUCCAGAACCAAUUAGUUGACAGAGAAUGUAAAUUAGCAAAUUUUCAUCAAAAAGCAAAAGUACAAGAAGAAAAGAUUAAAGUCUUACUAAAGGAAGGGGAAGACAAGGAAGAAACCAUUGAUAUCCUUAGAAAGGAAUUAAGUAGAACUGAACAGAUGAGGAAGGAACUGAGCAUUAAGGCUUCGUCCUUAGAGGUUCAGAAGGCCCAAUUAGAAGGUCGUUUGGAAGAGAAAGAAUCUUUGGUGAAACUUCAGCAAGAGGAGUUGAAUAAACACUCUCACAUGAUAGCAAUGAUCCACAGUUUAAGUGGUGGAAAAAUAAGUCCAGAAACUGUGAAUCUUAGUAUAUAAACAUUAUGACAUUUUGUAAAUUGUGAUCUAGAGAUAUUUUUGAUGUAUUUAUGUGUUUGAGGGGGGUGGCUAAAGGAAGUAAUCUGUGACUUCAAACCAAGUGGAAAUUAUUAUUUAAUUAUUAAUUUAGUAAAGAUCCUAAUUUGAUGCAUGUUUUAUUUGGUCAUUUGAAUAGAAAUUCUUUUCAAAGUUUCACUUUCUAUUUUAGCUUUUAUUGCUUGAAGAUUUCUUUGGGUCUUGCAUUAGAUUAUCCUUCCUAAGAAAUCUGUAUUGUCUUUUUAAAGUUCUAUUCUCUUUUGCAUAUCUAAUUUAUUCUCAUAUGUAAUUAUAAUUAUGGGUUGAAAAACAAGAAAGCCAUUUCUUGAUAUGACAGUAUGUUUUGAUAAAUGCAUCAUUAAGUAAAUAUACUUAAAUUAAGAGGACUAGACAUCAUUACUGGAUAAUAUCUUGUACAACCACCAAGGUAAAUGGGCUGUAUUAGUAGCUGUAAUGGCAUUGCAUAGAACACAUGACAGUUUUAGUUUUAAAAUUACAAUGUCUUGAUACAGCAAUCUUAAAGAUCAGUAAAUUAAAAACAUAACUAUUAGAGAUGAUACUAGAGAAUUUUAUCUGUAAAAUAGCAUAAAAGAAAGUAUCAGUGAACAUAAAAUGAAGUAAGAUACAAGUUCUAAACUUGAAAAAAAUGUAGUGAAUAAUUAUCACAAUGUACUAAAGUUAGGAGAGAGCUGCUCUUUUCCAAAGAUGAUGAUGUCUCAUAAAAAAAUACUUGUAGAAUUACUUGUAAGAUAUCUUCAGUUUGUAUUUUCUGUUUUUAAAAUGCUAUUUGUCAUACCCAUAUCACUUCCAAUUAUGAAUUUAUUGUUAUGACUAUUAGAUAGGAUAAUUUGGAUUCUACCCUUGCUCUAUAGUUAGCACUACAAUAUACAUUUAAUUUAUAGUGUUCAUUUGGGCCAUUUGAUUUUAAAACAUAGUUUAAAUAUUCAUGUAUUUCUUUUGAACAAGUGAGUUAUUCAGUACAAAAGUACAUUUAAAUUGAUCUAAAUGUGCUUCAGAACAUUUUUAUGUCAAUUAUUCUGAUUGAUUUUAUUGGUAUGUUAUUGCAGUCUAUGCUGUUCUGCAUCUGUUUGACUUAGGUGAGUUUAAAUUCUGAUUUUAAACUAUAGUAUAUCUGAGUUUAUGUUUAGAAGUUAAAGCAAAAUGUAUUUUGUUAAUUGCAUUAAGGAAUACAAAGCUAAAUCUUACAUAUUUAUGUACCUUUUGUUCAAUUCUGAAAUGCUUUAGAAGUUUUCUACAAAGUAGAACAUUUUAAAUUACUACUUUAGAGGUAAAUUCGGUUUCUUCAAAUUUCAUGCAUUUUAAAUUACUAUGAAAAAAAUCAUUAAAUGGAUAGCUAUAAUUCGAGCAAAAUGUCCUGUAAAGUGAAAAGAACAAAACAUUAAUUGAGUGAAUGAAUUUAAAACUCCAGAGAAAAGCACUGUUUCAACAAUUUAAGCAUCUCUUGACAUUGAAUCUGGUCUAGUGUGAUCCAGUAGAAUUCCCUGCGAUGAUAACGGUGUUCUGUAGCCAGGCUGACCUAUAUACCACAGGACAGUGAUGGCAAAACACUUAGGAGACAAGUACCCAAACUGCAGCCCAAGCCCUAUUUACUUAUCACAAAGGGCCAGUACUGCAAUUAAACCUGAAUACUAAGGAUUUGGUUUAGAUAAAAGAACUCGUACAUUAGCAUCUUUUAUCUUAAAAUCAAAGAACGUAUAUGCCGUAGGUUCACCACCACUGCCAUAAGACAUUAGCCAUAUGUAACUAUUGAGCAUUUGAUUUUAAUUAAUUUUAAUUUAACAUCUUAGUGGACAAUGCAGAUCUAACCUGUUUUUGUAAGAAUUCAUUCAUUAUGAAUUUAUUGCCUUACUUGUGAUUUUUGUUUUAUUUUCUGAGCAAAGAUCUUACUAUGUAGGCUAAGCUGGCCUUGAAUUUAACUCCAAGUGCGGGAGUUACAGGCUUGUGCCACAUACGUAACACAAUUUUCAUAGUCUCACUUUUUCUAUGAUUUUUUCCCCCACCAUUUCAGUUACGGUCAAUCAUGAUAACUCAUAGUUCCAUUUACUGUUUAUACUUCUAACUUGAACAAAUGAAGACUUUUUUUUUUAAAGUUGGCUGAUUUAAAAGUUUUUAGUAACUGGGCACAGUGAUACCUAUAAUUAAGAUACUGAGCUAGGAAAACUGCAAGUUGAAGGCCUACUUAGGCAACUUAGCAAGAUCCUGUUUCAAAAAUUAGAGUGGCAUAGCAAAUACCAAAACUUAAAGGGUCUGAGGGUAUGACUCAGUGGUAGAGCACUUGCAUGACAUGCAAAAGACUCCAGGUUUAUUCUCCAGUAUUGCAAAAAUAAAGUUUAUAGUAAAGUUUAUUCAAUGCCAAAACAAAAACAGUAAGAAUGUAAUACUGUGUUUUAUAGUGAUAUUACCAGAUUAGUGUUUGGGAGGAGUCUAUCUGUAUGCCAUAAAGAUUAAUUACCUUAAAAAUAUAAAGAGAUUGUGUUUUGUGUUAGAACUGUUAUAUUAGUUAGGCCUCAUGAGACAUAAGGUCUCUAUCUGUCUUUUUGAGAUAGGGCAUCACUAUGCAGUUCAGGCUGGCCUUGAGUUCAUUUGAGGUCCAUGUCAUAACUAUUCAGUCCUGCAAUUGUAGCACUAAAGCAGCCACAAAAGAUACUUAAAAUAUUCAAGGCUGUUUUCCAAUAAAAGCGUUAUAAACAAAAACAAAGAUUUACUAUUGAAUAUUAAAUCUGCUUACUAAGAAAUAUACUUAUUUAUUUCAUAAGCUUUGUCUCAAAAAUUAUUUUAUUUGAUCAUAACAUAGGUACUUUUAUGUUUUCUCUUGGCCUGUUCUUUUACUCUUUACAUUUAACUUUUAUGUUUAUAUAUAAAAUAUAUGAGUUGUAGUUGUUUAAUUAGGUAUUCCUUUUAAUCUAUUUUGACAAAAUAAGUACUAUUACCAUUAUACUCUUACUAUACCACUUAAUGUGAGAUGUAUAAAAGCAUAUCAGACCAUUUAUCUUCUCAUUCUUAAUGCUGUAGUUGAUAUAUGUAUUACAUCUGUAUGCUUAACUAAUCCCCAAAGCAACAUAAUUUUUUUCUUUAAACAGUUACUUAUAAAAAGUUUGACUCUCAAAAUCAUCAUGUAUUUACCUAUUUGUAUGCAGUAAUACAAAAUAAUGUAUUUACUAUAGCAUAACCUUUUUAUAUUUGAAAGUAAUAAAUGACUUGUAGGCAGAUACUGCAAGUACUUGUUUCUUUCCCAACCUUCAUUUGUGAGGUUAAGCAUCUGUUCAUAAUUCUUGCCUGAAUCAGUUGUUACUCUGAUGUUUUAUCAAGUGAUUCUUUUAACUUAUGAUGAUAAAAAAAUUGAACAUUUUUGUACCAUAAUGUACCAGAAAUAGCAGUCUUAAACUAUAUAAUUUAUCCUACCAUUAGGCAAAUUAAAAUAUAGUACACUUACAGUUUUACAGUUUCUUGGGUGGGGGUGCACUCUUAGACGCCAAGAAUUUGAGAUUUUCUUUUCACAGUAAAAUAGUAGCUUUUUUUUUAAACUAUGCUGAAUCUAUAUAUGUAUGUGUGUAUUUACACACACAGAUAGGCAUAUCUCCCUCUUAAACUACACUUGUCUUUUGGACAUUAUUUUCCUUCCCAAACUUUUAAUUUGAGAAUUACUCAUUUAAGUCAUGAAUUUCUCAGUCAUUCUUGCUUUAGCUCUCUCUUUGAUGACCAUUAAAUAUUAAAUGUGUUAUUACCAACAA